AUGAGUCAUAAGCUCAUCCAGCUGGCUGCAAAAAUGUUUGAGAGAGAUGAGGAGACAGCAGAGAGAGAGAGAGGGUUUUACUGCAGGCAAACAAUGAGGAGCGUGAUGUGGGAGACACCCCCGGGUCUAAUGUCUGUUUCCGGGCCCCUUGCUCUGCUCGGGCACUCGGACAGGGGUUUCGGCAAGCAGGGCUUCCAGUGUCAAGUUUGCUGCUUCGUGGUGCACAAGCGGUGCCAUGAGUUCGUCACCUUCUCCUGCCCCGGCGCAGACAAGGGCCCAGCUUCUGAUGAUCCCCGGAGCAAACACAAGUUUAAAAUCCACACGUACUCCAGCCCCACCUUCUGCGACCACUGCGGCUCAUUGCUGUAUGGCCUCAUCCACCAGGGGAUGAAAUGUGACACCUGCAUGAUGAACGUGCACAAGCGCUGCGUGAUGAACGUCCCCAGCCUGUGUGGGACCGACCACACCGAGCGCCGGGGCAGGAUAUACAUCAGGGCUGACAUCGAGAAGGACGUGCUGACUGUCGUGGUAAGAGAUGCUAAAAACCUAGUUCCUAUGGAUCCCAAUGGCUUGUCAGACCCCUACGUGAAGCUUAAACUAAUCCCCGACCCCAAAAAUGAAAGCAAACAGAAGACCAAAACCAUAAAGUGCUCCCUGAACCCUGAGUGGAACGAGACGUUCAGAUUCCAGCUGAAGGAAGCAGACAAGGACAGGCGGUUGUCAGUGGAGAUCUGGGACUGGGACCUGACCAGCAGGAACGACUUCAUGGGCUCCUUGUCCUUCGGCAUCUCUGAGCUGCAGAAGUCUGGAGUUGAUGGAUGGUUCAAGCUGCUGAGCCAGGAGGAGGGGGAGUACUUCAAUGUCCCGGUGCCUCCUGAGGGUGAAGAAGGAAACGAGGAACUGAGGCAGAAAUUUGAGAGGGCCAAGAUUGGCACGGGCUCCAAGGCUGCGGAUGAGAAGAUGACAAACGCCAUUUCUAAGUUCGAUAACAAUGGGAGCAGAGAUCGGAUGAAGCUCUCAGAUUUCAAUUUCUUGAUGGUUCUGGGGAAAGGAAGCUUUGGGAAGGUGAUGCUGGCUGAGAGGAAGGGCACGGAUGAACUCUACGCCGUGAAGAUCCUGAAGAAGGAUGUGGUCAUCCAGGACGACGACGUGGAGUGCACCAUGGUUGAGAAGCGUGUGCUGGCACUCUCUGGAAAGCCCCCAUUCCUGACCCAGCUCCACUCCUGCUUCCAGACCAUGGAUCGCUUGUACUUUGUGAUGGAAUAUGUGAAUGGCGGGGACCUGAUGUACCAGAUCCAACAGGUUGGGAGGUUUAAGGAGCCACACGCUGUAUUCUACGCAGCAGAAAUAGCCAUUGGCCUCUUCUUCCUGCAAAGCAAAGGCAUAAUUUACCGAGACCUGAAGCUGGACAACGUGAUGCUGGACAGUGAGGGGCACAUCAAGAUCGCAGACUUUGGCAUGUGCAAGGAGAACAUUUGGGAUGGGGUGACCACCAAGACCUUCUGUGGCACCCCUGACUACAUCGCGCCCGAGAUAAUUGCUUAUCAGCCCUAUGGAAAGUCGGUGGACUGGUGGGCAUUUGGAGUCCUGCUCUAUGAAAUGUUGGCUGGCCAGGCUCCCUUUGAGGGAGAAGAUGAAGACGAGCUCUUCCAGUCCAUCAUGGAGCACAACGUGGCCUACCCCAAGUCCAUGUCCAAGGAGGCGGUGGCAAUCUGCAAAGGGCUCAUGACCAAGCACCCUGCCAAGCGGCUGGGCUGCGGCCCGGAGGGGGAGCGCGACAUCAAGGAGCACGCCUUCUUCCGCUACAUCGACUGGGACAAGCUGGAGCGCAAGGAGAUCCAGCCGCCCUUCAAGCCAAAGGCUAAGGACAAACGCGACACUUCCAACUUCGACAAAGAGUUCACCCGGCAGCCUGUGGAGCUCACGCCCACCGACAAACUUUUCAUCAUGAACUUGGACCAGAACGAGUUCGCUGGCUUCUCGUACACCAACCCGGAAUUUGUCAUUAACGUGUAGGCAACGGCACGGACGCCGCCUCCCUGCUCCCGCAGCCCCAAACUCCAGCUCGCCCUGUAAAUAUCACACCAGUCUUCCGGGAUCAGCAGUGCGUACAUCCACACCCCGGCACGCAACGAGCGCUUGUUGUAGGAGGCCUCUGUGUGUGUGUGUCACCCGCUAGCUUGGUUGCCCUUGCUGGAAGCGCGCGGGGUUUUGAGUCAACAAGCAGUAAUAUUCCUAGGAACUGUAGUUGGUGGUGACUAAUAGAGUUUUUAAACAGAAAUAUACCAAAUUGCUACAGUCUUUGUAAUUUUCGAAAUCAGAUGCUGAAAUUCCUGUGAACUUAGGUAUUCACAAAUUGUUGCCAUUGAAUGCUAAGCAUGGUUGAUAUUUUAAACCAUUGUGCUGAAGCUUGCAAUGACUGUGAACGUGUCUUAGAAGAGCCUUUUGUUUGAGACAUGGAUACAUUUGAUCAGUGUGGAAACCUCUGCUUGUAGACAUCUCUCAAUGCCUUGUACAUGCGGUCACACCGGCUCACCAAGGCUGUCUUCCUCCCCAGCCUGCUGUAAGCGUGCGUUCCAUCACAUCCCUCCUCUUACUCAGGCAUUAAGACUACAAAAUGAAUUCCAUUCAUGUUCUUGUAAAUCAGAGCAAAUCUUUUUGUAAGUGAAAGGUAGGAUUUUUUUUUUUCUUAACAUCUGGAACAGUUUGCAGUUUUGAUAUACUCUGUCAGCACUCCCAUAAAUCUUUCUCCUGUUUUUUUUCACAGACACUGUCAAAAAUUAACAGCUCUGUAAAGGAUAUUAAUAUUCUACCAAAACAAAACACAUUUAUAUUCUCCGUUUACCAACUGAAAACACGCCCACUUCAAAGGGGCUGUACUGAGGGCUAUUUAUAAAGGUAACUUUUAUACUUUAUACCCUCUGCUACUAUCUUAAAGGCUCAAAAUCAUGAACUUUGCAGGCAUCUCGGCUUACCAGAUUUCAGGCAAAAUUCCUGGGGAUUUUGUUCAGUAACCCAGGGCCUUCCGUAUCGUUUCAAAAAUCCCAGCCCAGAGGAUACUGCUGUGCUGCAGACACAUCUCCUGUGGUGCUGCCUCGUUCCCCUUCUGGUGCACGCGAGUUUGGUUGGUUUGCAAACCAAGCAUGUAUAUUCUUUCAAACCUCGACCAAUUCUAAUGUAAAUACACAUUGCUUCAUGAAUACAGGGGAAAAGCGGGGGUGGAAUUUUAUGAAUCAUAAGGAAUCCUAUCGAGGAGAUUCUGGUUUGUAGAUCUUUUGUAGACAUCCAACUCUACCAUUUGCAAUUAUUUCUUUCUUCCAAUGAUUCCUGAAAUGAAAAGGCUGCUGGAAGCUGGAGCUGUGCGUGGCCGAGCCCGGCCCUGCUGCACGCUUUGGGAUGUGUGAGCUCUGUCUGGAGUUCAGGUGCUGACCUGUGCUCAAGAAAACCAAACAAAACACAGCAAAACUGCAAAUUGUGCCAGAUGUGCAAGGGAGCUUAUGGGCAACCUUGCAUCAUGCUAUGACCAGGGCGGUGAGAGGUAGCUUCUGAUGGGAGUGCUCAUAACUCCAGCACACGUCUCAGAAGACAUCUCACCAUCUUCUGCAGACCACAGUUGAUGUUCAGAGCAUGUACGUUACUGUAACUUUCAAGUCUGUUCCUGCAGAAUUAGUAUUCCUUCAAUGGUGAAUGUUUCCAAUUUCUAUACCUUCAGCUCUGAGGAUGCUCCCAUGGUGCAGUCGCUCAAGGGAUGCUGUGGUGCUGCGGGCCUGACCCCAUGAGAGCUGCUGCAGAGGGAGGGAUCCCACAACUUGGGGCUGUGUGCCUGCUGCAGCCACACUUCUGUACGAAGCAGCUUUUCUUCAGCACUAUGUCCAGGGUAGGGUGCAGGGUGUGAGCAUUGCUGACACUGUUCACUCUGUUAUGUGCAAAGCUCUUAACUUAAAGUUUAUUUCCAGAUAAUCUGAUUCUUCUGUGCAAUCUACCCUGCACAGAUGCUGGGAUCUGUGUGAACUCCUCCGAGGAAGGGUAGAGUGGCAGUGGCUGAGUCACCUCUUGCCAUAAUUUGAUGAUUUAAUCUUUAGUGCUGGAUGGAGAAAGCAGUACUCCAGGAAGAGAUUCAUAUUCAAGAGCCUUCAGGAGAUGCUGAAAGGCACCGGGUGCUCUGCCACUGACACUGAGUGGGGUGUGGGUUGCCUGGGGGGACUCACUGUGGGGCAGGGACAAAACCAUCUCCAGUGGCUGCUCUUCCCCACUACUGCUACAGAAUAGGAAAGGGUUGCAUGGGGCCAGGGUGUGAGGGCUGUGAAUUAUAUCUGGUGUGCCAUGUUCUUAAGGUGGUGUCAGAGUGGCGAGGUUCUGGCACUGCUGCCCAGAGAGCUGUGGGUGCCCUGAGCACCUGAGCAGCCUGAGCUGGCGGGGGGCAACCAGCCCACAGCAGGGGCUGUGAAGUCCCUUCUAACCCAACGGUGCUGUAGUAGUAUGGUUCUAUCACCUGGAAAUUUCACCUAAGGCAAGGCAAAGGGCUGUAGCUGCUUGUCCUGCACUGCUGCAUCCGGCAGGCCAUCCCAAAGCACAGCUGCAGAUGGAACAGGGGUCUGCGGGCUCAUAGAGACAAGGGAGCACAAGGGAAGGGGGAAGUGACAUGGAGCAGGGCAGCAGGGACUGCCCGCAGGCAGAGGCAGCAGAGAAGCUGUGUUGGGUCCCAGUCUGGUCCCAGGAACAAAUGAAGAGCCAUGAUAUCUAGCACACAGUGCCAGGCUGCAGGGUCGUAUCUGGAGUGUGGAGCUGACCCAUACGAACCCAACGUGCUGCAGCUCCUCUGCUUUUGCUGUCUGUGGAACUUGUAUCAGCAAAAGCAGCAAGAAGCGUCUUGCUCCAUGCAGGGAAGUGUCAUCCAAGCUGUUUAUUUCUGAUCACGUUCAAACUGGCAAUUAAAACAAGGAGGGAAAAA